CCUCCCCUGUUUUAUUUCCGGUGUUUCCUUUGUUUACAUCCUCAAAUAUUUUGCAAUGAUCCAGGAUCUGAAAACAGGGAUAGGCCUGACGUGAAAACUUUGAAAAAGGAUGCAAGAACACAUUGACUAGAUCUGGAUCUUAAUUCUACUGUUUUCGAAGACGAGAUCUCUGUUACAAUCACUAUUACUACGACUGAAAUUUGUGAAACUUCUAAGGAAUCUCUAGAUUUCUAAUAUUCUACUAAGUUUAGCUUCUAAACUUCGAUCUCAUUGUAGAUGAAGUAUGAAAGCUGAUCUGAUGCUAUUUUACUAUUAUUGAUACCGGUACUAUAAUAUUAAGUCUAAGUUACUACAUGAUAGAAUCUUUAGAUCUAUGUAGAUCUAGUCUAGAUCUAUACUUAAUAAAAGGACUGCCUGUUCAAGAAUUGUGAGCCAACCAGGUUCUUGGUCAUCAUAUGAUUAAGAUUGGUUGUUUUGAUUUUGAUUGACACUGACUUUGAAGUUGGCAUCAAGUCAGUCAAGUGCUAUUUUAAUUUUAGAUCUAUAUCUAGAUCUAGAUUCUAGAUCUAUCUAUACUGAAUUUCAGUAUGGGGGCAUGGAUAUGUAAAAGGACUUUGCCGGACAAGAUUCUUAUUCAAGGCCUGGAUGCUGCAGGGAAAACACAACUUUUGUAUCAAUUGAAACUUGGUGAAGCUGUGAUCACUAUACCAACCAUAGGUUUUAAUGUCGAGACAGUGACUGUGAGUGACGUCCAAGUUAUGUGCUUCGACAUUGGAGGCAGGGACAAAAUGAGGUCGCUGGUCCGUCAUUAUUACCGGAACGCAAAGGGCAUGGUGUACUUGAUUGACAGUGCAGACAGAGAUAGACUUGGCGACGCACUGGAUGAACUCUUCAAGUAUUAUUUGCAUGAGGAUGAGACGAGGGAGUCGGUGGUCAUGAUUCUUGCCAACAAACAGGAUAAACCUGGAGCACUCACGGUUCAGGAAGUAGAGGAUGCAUUCAGAAAGAAAUACUCUGCAGAGAAAUUCGGCCCAAAUCAUACUGUGUUUGUCAAGCCUUGCAGUGCCUGGACUGGAGACGGAAUCUGGGAGGCCUUUGAAUGUUUUGUGUCUCAGAUUGAACUGAGGAAAUCUGGAAAAGUAAGAUCAUCUGGUCUUAUCACUGUGCCGGAUAGGAAUGCAUCAAAUGUCACAGACCAGACCAAGUCACUUCUUAAUUUCAAAUCGGCACUAAAAGACCCUCUUACUUUUGUGAAGUCUUGGCUAUUUUACUAAUGCUAGUGAAAGGUUUUUAGGUAUACUAUUGAUAUUUUGGCUAGUACUCAGUAGUUAUGCGUUUUCAGAAAAAAUAGAAGAACUCGUGCUCUUCACUGCUCUCAGAUGUAUAUUAUCCGAUGCUUCACUUAAAUAAUAUAUAACUAAUUCAAAGCCUUUUUCUAAUUGUGUUCAAGGAAAACAUGGAAAAAAGCUAGUUACAGUUUGUGCAGUUCUUGAAUUUCUAAAUUUUGGGAUAAAUAUAUUAUUAUAAUCUUAAUGCUUAAUGUACAAACUCUUUUGGGUGGACAUUUCUAUUUGGUCCUAGAAAAGUUGAUGGAAAGAGAUGAAACCUUUUGUUUAAGAGAUGAAGGUUUGAUAAAUGAUUGUCAUCAUGUUAUCUUCAAUAAUUUUGUUGUGUUGUUUCAACAUACUAAACAUUGAUAUCAGAUGGUAUUAUGCUGGAUAACCGUGUCUCACGUCCCAAAUAGAAGUAUUCUUGAACUUUAGUUGUCUCUAGAGUUGUCAAGGCUUUGCACCUACUUUGCUUAGUUCUCUAAACUCAAACCACUGACAUUAAUUAGGUUUACCUUUCAAUGUUGGUUAAAUCCAAAUCAUAACAGGAAAAUUGUAGUGUAAAGAAGAAGACUUUAUUUGACUACAUCUCAAAUCUUGUGUGCAGUGAAGAGUUAAGAGAUGGAUGGAUAAGGGCUUGAUGUGGUUAUUGAGUAGUGUGGCAGCAAAAGUACCGCAUUACAUUCCCUCUUAAUUUGUUUUUUCGACAUGGUCCACACUCUAUUCAAGUUCAUGGGACCAAAGAGAAAAGCAUCAAUGUUGAAUGGAGAAAUUUAAAGAUUGAAUGUUGAUCACAUUUUUAGUGUUUUGUUUGGGGUUGUUUUUUUUUAUUUGUUUGUUUUUAUUAUUUUUUUAAAGUUAUUUUGUCAUAGUGUCGAGAGUGUUAAUUUUUAUUGAUGUUGUUGCAUUGUGUUAAUUCAAUCAAUGUUUUACAUGUAGUAAUCUUUUCUAGUCUAUUCAGCUGCCAUUAUUGUAAGGGUAUCAUAAUACACUUCAUGUGUUAUGUUAUCGUAUAUAUAUAUAUAUAUAUAUAUAUAUAUUAUCUUCAUCUUAUCUGCUUAAUAAUCGGUGAUAAACUUAAACAAAUUUUUCCUUCGAUAGAAGUGUCCAUAUUUUUUAAUGAUUAUUUUUGCAAUGGUGAGGAGCUGGUGGCCAAGAAGUUUGAUAUUACCCUCCCUUGCUGAAAUUUUGGUUCGGGUUAUUGUUCUGUGAAAGGCACUAACCCUUUAUGUUUAUCUCUGGAGGGAGUUUUCCCUCAAUGCCAGAGCCCUCAUUUGGUACAAAACCUGAAAAUGACAUACAUGUCACUGAAUUGUUCAUUUAUUCAAAACAAAUGAGUCUUAUUUUUAUAAUUCUUCAUCUAAUGGAAGAACUCAGAAAAGACCUAAUUUUGGCAAAUGCCAGAAUUUAGUUAACGUCGUCAUUGUCGUGAAGGAAAGAGACUGAGCCGCUGACAGGGGAACAACUGCACAGUGGUUCUCACCACAAGCUGCUCGGAGUGGAUUGCCGGAGAUAAAGAGUUAUAGAAACCUUGGGAUUUUUCCCAAGUUUUUCUGCGCCAUGAUUCUGUAGUAUGUUGUAAUUUAUUGGGUAUUUCUCCUUGAUUUAUCUGAACAGGAUGAAAAUAUUGAAAAUCCCAUCUCCACGGUGUAUCUCAUAAAGACAAAUCAAAAAAGAAUUACAAGCUUUCUAGUCAAAUUUCACAAUGUUUUCUUACUUCUACUCAUAAAUUUAAAAUGCUCUCUCUUUCUCUCUUCAAUGAUUCUUGGUAUUUUUUUUAAUGGUAUACGGCCGUCUGCAGGACAAUUUGAUCCUUUAAGGCGUUAUGGUAAAAAAAACAGCCAUAUAUCAUAUAUGGGACAUGUGUAGUCUUUCAAUCUGCUACCUUUGCUGUCUGUCAUUGGGACACGUUCAGAAAAUGAUAUUUUUAACGUCUUUAAGUACGGGGACCUUUUUACAUAUUUCCCCUCAUUGUCUGUGAUACGAUGUGGUGUAUUGUCUGUGAUAUGAUGUCAUGUAAAGGAUUUAACGAUUGUACGGUCGGCAUUACUACUUUGUUAACCUCAAAAAGCAGUGAUAUUAUUCUUCAUUGUCAGUCAGUUCAGUUUGCCAGUACCAGUUUCUUAUUUGUUGUUGUUGUUGUAGUAUCAUUAUUUAGUCAUGUUUAUGUGGGGAAACAAUUUGUACCCAUCAACCAUAGUAAGAUUAAUUUGUGUGAAAUUUCCCUGGAAUAUGAUGUCAGAAUUUUUUCUACUCACUUUUUUAUUUGAAAGUUCAUGGUGGGUGUAUGAUUUUAAAGAAAAUUUGUACUAAUUAAAGCAUUUCAUUACAAAUAAAUCACAUGCUGACCAUUGAAUAAUAUGCAAUGAUAUAUGGUGUUGUGGACUUUAAAUCGGUUACUUGGACAUUGCUAAAACUGAAAAAGCAAGGUAACUCUCUCAAGAGAACUGGAAGGUGAGAUGAAGGUAAAGGUAAAAUCUGCCUAUUAUAUUUUAGUAAUGGGUUUAUGGGGUAUUUGUACCUGUAUUUCUUUUUCUAUGAAGAAUCAAAACAUGCCUGGUGCAAUAUUACAGUCGAAAUUGUACAAGACGGCCACCCAUUGUUGAGAAGCAAAGUGGUUGUCUUGGACAGUGUCGUUAUAUAUUACCCAAAAAAUGGCAGGGGAGGGGUGAGAAAAUGGCUAUUUGUACAUGUGAUUGUCUUGGACAAGUGGCCCUCAUAGUAGGUUUGUCUGUAUCUUUCUUUGGCGAACAUUUCACUUUUUGUGGAAACAGGAACAGCUUUUCACAUGUGUGCUAUUUAAUGAAUCUCAAUUGUUGACACUUGCAAUAAUAAUAAGUUUUUGGGAGGAAAUAAUACGAUUUUAUUUUACUGGUAACAGAAAAAUUGUGAGGCAUCAUGGUGAAAUCAGGCACUCAUCAAAAUAAUAAAAUGGAAGAAAUCUGUAUUUUUCGGCCGGUUUGGAAUUUUUUUUUUCUUGCCCAACACCGUAUUAUGUCCAUUCAAAAACAUUCUUGUUCGUGUUAAUGGGAAAAUGUUGAUUGAAGGCACGAAAAAUGGAAAUUUGCAGUUUCCAAGGACUCUUGAGCUAUAGAAGUCGCCAAAGUUUGGCCUGCCAUUUUCUCGAUAAUUUUAGUACUGAAACCAGGCGACCCCCACCUUCUUCAGUGGCAAAUAUCUCGACUUCUAUUCAUGAUAAAUGGAUAUUUUUUUCAUCAAAUGCAAGGCAAAUAAAAAACCUUUAAGAUGAUACAUGUACCAAUAACUCCAAAUACCCCAAAACUGAGGAGUGCCUGAUUCCGCUGCGUCAUUACACAAUUGGCUUUUCUUUCUUUAAAAAAAUCUUAAAUUGAGAUACACAGCACUUUGAACUGAUGAUUUUUUUUUCUUUUCUUUUUUGAAUGUCUACUUUAUCAUCUUUUUUUUUUUUUUUUACAAAUUCAAAACAGAUGUACUGUUCUUUUUGUUUCAGUUUUAUUGUUGUUGUUUUUUUUAACUUUUGCUACAACAUUAAAGUACAUAAUAUAAGUUGAAUUGUUUUCAAAGAGGUUAGUUUGUUAUUUUUUUUGUGUUUUCUUAUUUUGUUUCCUUUUUAUCCGUUUGGAUUGCAUAGCAGGGAUUUCUGUUUGAUGAAUAUCAGUAAUGAUAAAAACAAAACAAAAAAUGAUUAUCAUAUAUGGAAUUAACUCAUAAUUU